CACAACAAUAUGACCACUUAUACUUCUCAAUCCAACUGGCUUCGUCGCAAUUGCAUCGGUAGAGGAUCUUUUGGAGUCGUCAAUCUUGCUGUUCAUCCAUAUCAUGGUGCUCUCUUCGCCGUUAAAUCCGUAGAGAAUAACUCCCGUCCGUUUGUUGGGUGUUUGGAGAACGAGAUUCGAAUUUUGAAAUCACUCUCGUCGCCCUACGUCGUUGGGUAUCUCGGAGAUGAUGUGACGUCUGAGUUUUCUUCCUCCUCCUCCUCCUCGGUCGUGUACCGGAAUUUACAUAUAGAAUACAUGUCGGGUGGGACAGUUGCUGACGUGGCGAAACUUCUUGAUGGUGAUGGUAGUGGUGGUGUGAAUCUCCGCGGUUACACGCGGUGCAUCACGGCUGCGUUGAGCUACAUUCACGCGAGAAACAUUGUUCAUUGUGACGUCAAGGGGAAGAAUGUGUUGAUCGGAGACAUUCCUGGUACGGCGAAGCUUGCCGACUUUGGAUCGGCGAUUGAAUUGGGCGUUUCGGUUACCGGAACUCGUGGGAGUCCACUGUGGAUGGCGCCGGAGGUAAUUCGCGGCGAGUAUCAAGGACCGGAGUCCGACGUCUGGUCAUUAGGGUGCACGGUGAUCGAGAUGUUCACCGGAAAGCCAGCGUGGCAAGACAGAGGAGCAGACACUCUGCGUCAAAUCGGGUAUUCCGACGAGUUACCGGAGUUUCCAACUCAGGCGCCGGAGGACUUACAUGAUUUCCUUGACAAGUGUCUGAGAAGAGAGCCAAGGGAGAGAUGGAGCUGCGAUCAGCUGCUACACCACCCAUUUUUAUCAUCCUGCCCUUCCACAUCACCACCACAUAUGACAACCAAGUUAUCACCCAGAUGCGUAUUCGAUUGGUCCUUUUCAAGCUCCUCAAAGGAGUCAACGCUCGAGAUUUACCAACUGGACACACAAAACUCACAUGCGAAACAGAGGAUUGGAAAAUUAGCUUCAAACUCAGUGGCAAAUUGGGAAUCAGAAGGUUGGGAGGUGGUGAGGCACGUAACUUCAGAAUCAGGUGAAACGACGUCGGAACAUGAUGAUUCCAUCAAUGAGGAAGCAAGUGUCAGUGGAAGUGGAAGGGCAAAUUGGGAAUAUACAAAUUAUAAUGCCAGUUAUGAUGAUGAUCUUGAAAGUACAACCAACAAUGCACAGGAUACAAGAGGCUUUGGGAGAUAUAGAGAUAGAUACAGAUGUUAUAUGUAUGUAUUGAUACAGAAACUGUUCCAUAAUUUAAAAUGUAUCCAACAUAUUUACUAUACGCAUUGGUUUACUUGUACGACAAGUCUUCUUAAAUAUUCCGUUUUCACUGCAUUCUUUAUAGGUAAAACGCCACUUUAG